AUGUGCUUCUGGACCUUGGCAGCAGAGAACCAGGUUAAACGAAUCCGUGAAAAAUACCUUCAUGCGAUCUUACGUCAGGACAUUGGAUGGCACGAUACUGGAAAGCAAUCCGAGUCGCUCACUACUCGCCUCAACUCGGACACCCAAUUGAUUUACGAUGGUAUGGCAGAUAAGGUCGGCUUGGCUUUGUCUAGCUUCACGACUUUCAUUGCUGGUUUCGUCAUCGGUUUCACCAAAGGAUGGAAGCUCAGUUUGGUUCUCCUGACCGCUGUGCCUCUCAUUGGAGCUUGUGCUGUCAUGAUGUCCAAGUUCACGGUUCAGAGCACCACCAAGGGUCAGGACUCUUACUCAAAGGCCGGAUCUAUUGCUGAGCAGACAUUCUCAUCCAUCCGUACUAUUGUUGCUUUUGGUGGUCAGAAGCGUGAGACCGAUGCUUACAUCAAGCAGUUGGACGAAGCCUUUAACAGCGGAAAGAAACGUGCUCUCGCCAUGGGUCUUGGUAUUGGAGGCUUCAUGAUUAUUUUGUUCUGCACCUACGCUCUUGCUUUCUGGUUCGGUGGCCGUGAGGUUCAUGAUGGUAAAAUGGCUUCUGGAGAGGUGUUGAACGUUUUCAUGGGUAUGAUCAUCGGCGCGUUCGCCCUUGGCAAUAUUGGACCUAACGUUUCAGCGUUCGCAAGUGCCCAGGGUGCUGCCUACAGUAUCUUUAAGACCAUUGACCGCGUCCCUACCAUCGACUCUGCCAGCCCUCUUGGUGCCAAGCCAGAAAAUGUUCAAGGACAUAUUGUUGUCCGCGAUGUUGAUUUUGCUUAUCCUUCUCGCCCUGAUGUUCAGAUUUUGAAGAAGAUGAACUUUGAAGUGAAACCUGGUCAGACUGUCGCUUUAGUUGGUCAUUCUGGAAGUGGAAAGUCUACCAUCAUCGGCCUGGUUGAGCGCUUUUACGAUCCUCUCUCUGGAACCGUCACCUUGGAUGGCGUCGAGAUCAAGGACUGGAAUGUUACUUAUCUUCGCGAUACUAUUGGAAUUGUUUCACAAGAGCCUGUUCUUUUCAAUGCCUCUAUCAAGCAAAAUAUUAUCUACGGUAUCCGUAAGGACCAAGCUGUGCCGACUGAUAAAGAGAUUGAGGAGGCCUGCCGUCUUUCUAAUGCACACGAUUUUAUCAUGAAGUUACCUGAAAAGUACAACACCAUGGUCGGUGAAAAGGGAGCUCUGUUGUCUGGAGGUCAAAAGCAGCGCAUUGCCAUCGCACGUGCUUUGAUCAAGAAUCCCCGUAUCUUAUUGUUGGAUGAAGCCACCUCUGCCCUUGACACCGAAUCUGAACGCAUUGUGCAGGCUGCCCUGGACAAAGCUGCUAAUGGACGCUCGACCAUUGUGAUUGCUCAUCGUCUCUCCACGGUCAUGAACGCGGAUGUGAUUUAUGUGAUGGACAAGGGUAUUGUUCUGGAAAGCGGAACACAUGAAUCUCUCUUAGCCAAGGGUGGUGUCUAUGCCGAAUUGGUCAUGAAACAGCAGCUCAAGUCUGGUGGCGUUGAUGUCGACAACGUAGUUCCCGAAUCUGUUGAUAAUACCUCAACUGCUGCACCCCAUAUUGCCAUUGCUGAUGAGAAAGUUGCUGCCCGUACCUCCACUGAUGAGCGUCGCAAGAGCUUCAGUUUCUCGACCAAACUUCGCCGCAUGUCCUCUGCUCGAUCCGUCCCUCGCUCCGAGAAGUCACUUCAGAGAGUUGACACAACUGUCUCUAUUCCUGAGACACCUGAAGAGGCAGAGGCUCGUAUAAAGCGAGAGAAGGCUGCCUCGAUCAAAGCACAAAAGGCUCCCAUCAUGCGUGUUUUAAAGUACAUGCGUCCAGAAUGGACACUCGUCAUCAUCGGUGCUAUUUUGAGCGGCGGUUCAGGUGCUAUUUUCCCAGCUUUUGCCAUAUUCUUUGGAGAUAUGUUGACCGUUUUGAUGAGACCUACCGAUCCUAACUUUACCAGAGAUGUCAACCAUAAUGCGCUCAUGUUUGUUGUCCUCGGAAUUGCGGCAUUUAUCUGUAAUGGAGGCUCUAUUUGGGUCUUUGAAUAUGUAGGCGAGGUUAUGGCUCGUCGUAUGAGAACUCGAAGUUUUAAGGCUAUCAUUUCUCAGGAAAUGGGCUUUUUCGACAGAGAGGAGAACAGCACAGGAGCACUUUCGUCGCGUUUGGCCACUGAUGCUUACCAGAUGCAUGAGCUCAUUUCUCAAAUCAUGAAGCUCUCCUUCCAGACCAUUGUCACCGUGGCCAUGGGUCUUGGUCUCGCAUUUGCCAAGAGCUGGCGUUUGACUCUUGUCAUUUUGGCAUGUAUUCCCCUUAUCGGUGCUUCUCAAUACUUUGCUAUGGGUGCCUUAGCUGGAUUUAGCAACAAGUCCAAGAAAGCGUACGAGCAAUCCGGACGUGUUGCUAAUGAAGCCAUCACCAACAUCCGUACUGUCGUCGCACUUGCAAAGGAGUCGACUUUUGAGGAAAAAUACCUUAAUAUUACGAAAGAACCUCAUAAAUUCGCGUUGCGCCGUGCCUGGCUUGGAUCUUUUGGUUAUGCUCUCUCACAAGGUGUAGCGUUCUGGACAUAUGCUAUCGGAUUUUAUGCAGGAUACCGUUUUGUGAUCGCUAAUUUGAUGGUUUGGGACGACCUUUUCCAGACCAUGUUCUAUGUGAUUUUUAUGGCUAUGGGUCUUGGACAGCUUGCUUCUCAGGCUCCUCGCUUCUUCAAGGGUAAGGAGUCGUCUAUCAAUGUCUUUGAGCUUUUGGAUAAACAGACGACUAUUGAUGCUCUCAAGGAUGGUAUUGCUCCAACUAAGGUUGAUGGAUCCCUGGGUCUCGAAAAUGUCGAUUUCCACUACCCUACCCGCCCUGAUCAGCAAAUCUUCAAGGGCGUCAAUGUCUCGGUUCGACCUUCACAAACAGUGGCAUUGGUUGGUCCCUCUGGAUGUGGUAAAUCUACAAUCAUUGCACUGUUGGAGCGUUGGUAUGACGUCUUGGGUGGCAAGGCUACAAUUGACAAUUACGAUGUUCGCGACUUGCAGCUUAACAACAUCCGUGAGCAUAUGGCUUUGGUCGGACAGGAGCCCGUCCUGUUUGAUAUCUCGAUUGGUGAUAACAUUCGCUAUGGUGUCCCUGAUGGCCAGACAGUGGAUGAUGAACAGGUCUUCGCUGCAGCCAAGGCCGCCAACAUCCAUAAUUUUGUGAUGUCACUACCUGACAAGUACGAAACCCGUGUUGGAGACAAAGGUUCUCAGUUGUCUGGUGGUCAGAAGCAGCGUAUUGCAAUUGCUCGUGCCUUGAUCCGUAAUCCCAAGAUCUUGUUAUUGGAUGAAGCUACUUCAGCCUUGGAUUCCGAAUCCGAGAAGUUGGUUCAGGAUGCAUUGGAUAGGGCACGUGAAGGUCGUACAACAAUUGUGAUUGCUCAUCGUCUCCGCACUAUCCAGGAUGCAGACUUGAUUCUUGUGGUCAAGGACGGCUCGAUUGUUGAGAGUGGACGGCAUUAUGAGCUUAUCUCGCGCGGUGGCCUUUAUGCCGACCUGUGCAAGAGACAGAACUUGGAAGUCACUCAUUAA